UUUAUAGAAAUAAUAAAUUCAUUUUUAAAAGCCUCUACCCAUCUCUUCUUCAUCUUCCUUCGUUUUCUGGGCGGCAACGCUGCGUGUUUUAACUCCUUUCUCCCAAGCUCUCCAUCCAACUUGUGGUUUAAAGCUCGUUUCUCUUUUUCAUUUUUUUAAAUUUUGGUGGGAAAGAUGGGGAAACUGGGGAGAAAGGCUAGGAAGUUUGCGAAGAAGAAUCUUCAGUCUGUGCUCAAAAGAAAGCGCAAGUUGAAGUCUACGUUCAAGAAGAGAGCUUCUAAGAAAAAUGAGCAAGAUGCCAAUGAAGACCAAAUAGAGGACGCAGCAAAAUUGUCUAAUGUGAGGAAAACCAAAGGUGAACUUGAAGAUGCUUCUCUUGAUGCAGUAUUCAAAGAAGAUGACAGUGAUUUAGUUGGAGAUGAUUCAGACAGUGAUGGAUAUCUUUCAGAGGACUCAAGUCUACAUGUUGCUCAAUGUGAUAGUGAUGAUAAUGACCUAGAAGACAAAUAUGGUGGCACUGCAUUAUCAGUGCAGAACAAAGAAAUUUAUGUUGAACUUACAAAGAAAACAAAAAGGUUGAACAAAAUGAAGGAAAAGGAUCCUGAAUUUUCUAAAUUUCUGGAAAAUUAUGAUAAGAAGCUUGGAGAACUUAGAAAUAAAGCUUAUGCAGAUGAAGAUGAGAUGAGUGAUGAUGACAUGCAGUUAUCGAAUGGAGACAUUGCAAAUAACAAGGAGAUCAAGUUGUUGAGUACAUCUGCUGUUAAUUCUUGGUGUCAGCUAGUCACAGAGCAGCAAAGUGUAUCUGCACUGACCAGUCUAUUAAAUGGGUAUCGGUCUGCAUGCCACUAUGGAGUUGAAUCAAGCAAUGCCCUUGAUGCUGACCCAUGCCAUACAAUACAGGAUAGUGAAACUUUUUGCACGAUAUUAAUGUUCAUGCUUAAUGAGGCUGAUAAUCUAUUUAGGGGGCUACUGGGAAUAAAAAGCUCUGGUAGCAGGAAGGAGAAAGUUGAGGAGGUAAAGAAUUCCUCAAAAUGGAACACAUUCAAGCCACUAAUCAAGUCAUACUUGAGGAGUACCCUUUUUCUCCUGAAUCAGGCUACUGAUGUUGAGAUUUUGACCUUCUCCUUAGCCCGAGUCAGAGCUUCUAUGACAUUUUUUGUACUUUUUCCUUCUUUACUCCGUAGACUCAUCAAGAUAGCUGUUCAUUUGUGGGCAACAGGUGGAGGGACUUUAUCAUCCUACGCAUUUCUCAUUAUCAGAGACCUGGCAUCUGUAUUUAGUUCAGACUUCUUUGACACCUGCUUUGUUAAAACAUAUAAAUCCUUUAUUGGUCAUUGCCAAUUUGUAGAGCCUGUUCAACUGAAACACAUAGAAUAUUUGAGAAACUCCUUUGUUGAGCUAUGCUCUAUAGAUAUGCAAAAAUCAUCCAGCAAAGCAAUGGUUUCAAUCUGUCAACUUGGUAAGAUACUGCAUCAGGGUCUACAAACCAAAAAGAAGGAAGCAUUCAAGAACAUAUGCAGUUGGCAAUACACUAGUUGCAUUGACCUCUGGGUUUCGUUUAUAUCAGCCAAUAUACGUGAUUAUGAUCUUCAGCCACUGCUUUCUAUGAUCAUUCAGAUUAUAAAUGGAGUGGCUAUUUUGUUUCCAGGACCAAGAUAUUUACCUUUAAGAAUUAAGUGUGUUCAAUGGUUGAAUCAUCUUUCCAGUUCAAGUGGUAUUUUUAUUCCUGUUGCAUCAUUGGUUUUGGAUAUACUGGAGUAUAAAAUUGGAAAGGAGGGUGGGAAAUCUGGGAAGGCCUGCAGCUUUUCGACUUCCACAAAGUUGCCUAAACACUGGUUGAAAUCACGGAACUUCCAAGAGCUGUGUGUUUUAUCUGCUAUUGAGCUGCUUUCAGAACACUUUGCUCAGUGGAGCCACCAUAUAUCUUUCCCUGAUUUAGCAACCAUUCCCCUCAUCUGCCUGAGGAAGUUUCAUGAGACAACUACUAUUGAGAAUUUCAGGCGUCCAGUAAAACGUUUGAUUGAUCAGGUGGAGCAAAAUGUUCAGUUUGUGCAGAAGAAAAGAGAUGAGGUUGCCUUUUCACCAAAAGAUCGGCAAUCUGUAGAAUCAUUUCUUCAGCUUGAAAAGUUCAGUGGAAAUACUCCUUUUACACAAUAUUACAAAAGCAUUAUGGAAAAAGCUGCUGCUAGAAAUAUGGUUACGAAUACAAAGUUUCCUGGAGCAGAAUGAAUUGCUUACAAAGCAAAACGGUUUGAACUGACUCUGGCAAAUGAGGAUUUAGAGAGAGAGAGAGAGAAGAAGAAGAAGAAGAAGAAGAAGUCUGAGUAGAGAUGGCAGUUUGAGCGGAUAGGCAGGGUAAGAGAAAAUUUUGGAUACGGUUUCUCUUCCUAGAUAUCACAGACUUCUCGUUCUUAUUAAAAAAAAGGAAAAAAAUUAUAAUCUUUACCAUUUUUACAUAUUUAUUGAGGCUUGUAGGGAUUUUAGUUGUAAAGUACAAAAGUUUUGCCAUGUGAUGUAUGUUUUGAAUGCAACAAAGAUACUUGCUGAAGUGAAAGCUGCUUAGCUUAUAUAUAAGUUGGUUAUUUUUGUGCU